CUGCUGGGGCGGCGGCGGCGGGGAGGGGGACGGAGCCCGGGGGCCUGGAGCAGCACCGGGAGGAGGCUAUGUUUGUGUUUGGGGUUGUCAAGUGAAGGAGGGAUCCCGGGCGCGGGCGCUGCCGCUGCCGCCGCCGCCGCCGCCGCCGCGCGGGGGUCGCGGAGAUUCCGAGCUGCGGCCGCCGCCAUCAGCAGCGUAGCUCCUGGGCCGGCUGCAGCGGCAGCGGCUCCGCCGGGCGUCCUGGCAGCAGCCUCUUGAAUGAAACCACAGAAUACCUGGUAUUUCUGCUGAGGAAGUAAGCACUGAGAAUAACUGAGUCAUGUGGUGCCACAUUAUUUAGUUGCUGACCAUGGGCAGCACAUGGAUUAAUUGAUGGAUGUUGAGUUUAUGGAGCUACCUUUUUGUGACCUGCUCUUCCUACAGUUUCUAAGAAGAAAAGGGGGCCCCUGAAUCAGAGAAGAUGCCUCGAACUAAACAGAUUCAUCCCAGAAAUCUAAGAGACAAAAUUGAAGAAGCACAAAAAGAACUUAAUGGGGCAGAAGUGUCAAAAAAAGAAAUCUUAGAGGCUGGCAUUAAAGCAACUUCAGAGUCACUUAAAGGUGUGAAACGAAAAAAGAUUGUAGCUGAGAAUCACCUGAAAAAAAUACCAAAAUCCCCACUGAGGAAUCCCCUUCAGGCGAAACAUAAACAAAAUACAGAAGAGUCCUCUUUUGCUGUUCUUCAGAGUGCUUCAGAGUCUCACAGGAAACAGAAUCCUAGUCCCGUAAAAAACGGGAAGCAGUUCAUGAAACAAAAUGGAGAAACACCUGGGGUAGUUGCCGGGGCCCCUAAAUCUGAAGACUCUGUCUCCCCAAAGAAGCCCUUGUUUCUGCAGCAUGCAUCUGAACUGCGUAGAUGGGGAUCAGAAGGCUCCGACCCCGCCAAGUUAGACUUCCUGGACGCAACAUAUGACUCUGGUUCUUUGUCAAGUCAAACCAGGACUGACCACAGUGAAUGUACCUCCUCCACUCGUAGUCCUACUUCUUCCUCUUACACAAACACCGCAUUCGAUGUCUUACUGAAAGCAAUGGAGCCAGAACUGAGCACCUUGUCACAAAAGGGCUCGUCUUGUGCAGUUAAGAUAGAAAAACUGAGACCAAAUAAAACUGUACGGCCCCCUUCUCAGUUACACAGCAGCUCAAUGGAGGCCCCAGAUCAGACUCCACAAGAAUUUGUUUCUGAGCCACGGCCUUCUCCUUGUACCUCAUUUGCCGUGCACGUAUCUGCUGCUCAGAAGAACGGGCAGGUUCCGCUAGUUUCUCAUUCACAUAAUCAGCACGAACACUUUGUUUCCGCACCUGCCCAACAAAAUCAGCAGCCUCCAGCAUGUUCAGGUUUCACGAGGUCACUGGUGAACCUGCAAAAUCAAGAGAAUGCCAAACUUGAACAAGUUUAUCAUAUAGCAGUGACAUCAUCUGUGGGUCUGACUUCACCUUCCAGUAGAACUCAGGUUACUCCUCAAAACCAGCAAAUGGAUGCUGCUUCACCGAUGUCAGUAAGUCCAGCCCAUUCUACACAGUCAGCCCCCCCACCAAUUUACAGUUCAACUCCUGUCGCCUCUGUCGUGAACCACAGCGUGGAGCAAAUGUGCAAUCUUCUUUUGAAAGAUCAGAAGCCCAAAAAACAAGGAAAAUAUAUUUGUGAGUAUUGCAAUAGAGCUUGUGCAAAGCCUAGCGUGCUUUUAAAGCACAUCCGCUCCCAUACUGGCGAGCGGCCCUAUCCCUGUGUGACCUGUGGAUUUUCAUUUAAGACUAAAAGCAAUCUGUACAAGCACAAAAAAUCCCAUGCACAUACUAUCAAACUGGGUCUUGUCUUGCAACCAGAUGCUGGUGGUUUGUUCUUGUCACAGGAGUCCCCCAAAGCACUUAGUAUCCAUUCAGAUGUAGAAGACAGUGGGGAGAGUGACGAGGAGGGGGCUGCUGACGAAAGACAGAAUGACCCAGCCUCCAGGGACCUGCAGCCUGUGCAAAUAAUGCAAAUGAUAUCAAAUUCUGAAGCUUUACCAAAAUCAAGUUCCAUUCCCAGCAAUCCAGACCACGCGGUGGGUGACUUUUCGCUACAGGACAAAGCUUCAGAAUUCCAAGCUGUGACGGAGUUACCAAAAGUCGUGGUCCACCCUGUCAGCGUGUCCCCUUUAAGAGUCGACAGCCCAAAGCUUACGGACCCCAAGCCUGAACUGUCUAGUACACAGAAGCAGAAGGACCUUCAGGGAACCAGUGUCCUGUCGCACUCAGCUUGGGCAUCCUCCCUAGAGACUGACGAGAAGUCCCGUCAGAAAGGGGACCUGAGUCAGCCUGAAGGGAAACAAGAACCACACGUAGGAACGGUACAUGCCCAGCUACAAAGGCAGCAGGCUACCGACUGCUCCCAAGAGCAACAAGGAAAACUUCUGAGUCCUCGAAGUUUAGGAAGUACAGAUUCUGGUUACUUUUCACGUUCUGAAAGUGCUGACCAGACGGCGAGUCCGCCGACUCCCUUUACCAGAACGUUACCCACCAUGGAACAAGACUCAAAUAAGAGUAACGGGCCCUCUGCACCUCGUAUCAGUACACCAGCACCCUCAACCCUGUCAACAAGUGAGAAAGCAUUGCUUCUGCCGGGUCAGAUGCGCCCACCCUUGGCCACAAAAACACUUGAAGAACGGAUAUCAAAGCUUAUCUCCGACAACGAAGCCUUGGUAGAUGAUAAGCAACUGGAUAGUGUUAAGCCACGGAGAACCUCUCUCUCACGACGAGGAAGUAUCGAUUCCCCCAAGUCAUACAUUUUUAAAGAUUCUUUUCAGUUUGAUUUGAAACCAAUGGGACGGAGAACAAGCUCAAGCUCUGAUAUACCAAAGUCCCCUUUCACCCCUACUGAGAAAUCAAAGCAAGUGUUUCUUCUGUCUGUACCUUCCCUUGACUGUUUGCCUAUUACAAGAAGUAAUUCUAUGCCUACCACAGGUUAUUCAGCAGUACCUGCGAGCAUAAUACCUCCCCCUCACCCACUGAGAGGGAGUCAGUCAUUUGAUGACAAAAUUGGCGCUUUCUACGAUGAUGUCUUUGUGUCGGGACCUAACACUUCUGUGCCCCCCAGUGCGCAUCCCCGGACCCUCGUCAGACAGUCAGCAGUUGAAGACUCUUCAGCAAAUGAAAAUCACCUUCUCGGUCCUGGACAGUCCUUGGAUGAGAGCUAUCAAGGAUGCGGUGCCCCUAGUGAUGCCGUAUCAGCAAGGAGCAAGUCCUUGGCACCAGGCUCGCAUUUAGAGAAAAAGAAGUCCCAUCAAGGGCGAGGGACCAUGUUUGAGUGUGAAACCUGUAGAAACAGGUAUAGGAAACUGGAGAAUUUUGAAAACCAUAAGAAAUUUUACUGUUCGGAGUUGCACGGACCAAAAACAAAGGUAGCUGUGAGAGAACCUGAACACAGCCCCGUGCCUAAUAGCACACAGCCUCAGAUUCUGCACUACAGAGUUGCUGGUUCCACAGGGGUGUGGGAACAGACGCCCCAGAUUAGAAAAAGGAGGAAAAUGAAAAGUGUUGGAGAUGACGACGAACUUCAGCAAAAUGAAAGGGGGGCUUCUCCAAAAAGCUCCGAAGGCCUUCCGUUUCAGAAUUCUCUGGGCCCCACUUCCACUCUGUCUAAGCAUAAUAUGGCAAUAACAAGUGACCAGCAGCAUAGAAAUAUACAGUUGCAAACCCCCCAAAUCCAAUUGGUUGCCAGAGGCCCCGACCAGACCAUGGAUCCAAAGCCAUCCGCCAUCACGGAGACACACCUAAGUUCAGCUGCCCAGGACAAGACAGAGUUGAAGAGGCAUGGAACUGGAAUCUCAGUCAUUCAGCAUACAAACUCACUGAGCAGACCCAAUUCAUUUGACAAGCUUGAGUCUUUUGAAAGAGGUUCCCCAGUUUCCUUCCAGGAGCUGAAUAGAACAGUGAAGCCCGGGCCUCUGAAAGUAAUAGGAAUUUCCCCAGAGGAAGGCCAUCCUCCUCAGACUACAUCUCACCUUCAGCAGCCUGUGCUAUCAUCAGAUGCUCUGAGAGGAGAACUUCAGGACAGUUUGAGAAAGAGUUCAAAUGAACGACAUGUGUUAGGACAGCCCUCCCGACUAGUCCGGCAGCACAACAUCCAAGUCCCAGAAAUUCUGGUCACAGAAGAGCCAGAUCGGGACCUUGAAGCCCAAGGCUACGAUCAGGAAAAAUCAGAGAAGUUCAGCUGGCCUCAGCGUAGUGAAACCUUGUCAAAGUUACCAACGGAGAAACUGCCACCCAAAAAGAAGAGGCUCCGUCUUGCCGAGAUGGAACAUUCUUCAACAGAAUCAAGUUUUGACUCCACUGUGUCCAGGAGUCUAAGUAGGGAGAGUAGUUUAUCCCACACUUCCAGUUUCUCUGCUUCAUUAGACGUAGAGGAUAUUUCUAAAACUGAGGCUUCCCCCAAAAUCGAUUUUCUAAACAGAGCAGAGUUCCUCAUGAUUCCAGCUGGUGCAAAUACCCUUAAUGUUCCUGGAACUCACCGGGAAAUGAGGCGUGCUGCCUCAGAACAGAUUAGCUGCAUGCAAACAUCCAUGGAGGUCUCUGAUUUCAGAAGUAAAUCAUUUGACUGUGGAAGUAUAACUCCACCUCAGACAACACCACCUGUUGAAUUGCAGCCCCUGACGUCCCCUUCUGGCAUGGGGGUCACUGGGCACGUACCUCUCUUAGAAAGAAGGAGAGGUCCACUGAUGCGGCAGAUAUCUUUAAACAUAGCUCCAGACAGUCAUGUGUCUCCAGUGAACCCACCCUCUUUCCAAACAAUUGCUCUUCCCAGUGUGAACGCUGCACCGUUUCAGGGCCCUCAGCUCACUAAUGCAUCUUUAGCUGAGUUUCCUGCAAACACUUUGCACUCCCAGGCUCAAGUUAAGGAUCAGCGAACAGAAACUCUGAGUUCCACCUCUACUAACAUCUUUCCUGUUCACCAGCUUUUUGGUAUCAAUUUGUUAAAUCACAUCCACGCCCCCCUUAGCCACCAAAACACACAGAUGUCUCUACAAGUGUCUACACAGAGUGUCAAACCAGAUGCAAGUCCCAGUUUAUGUGUAUCUUCUAAAAGUAAAGAUUGCUUCGCCCCAAAGUACCAACUUCAUUGUCAGGUUUUCACUUCAAGCCAGUCUUGCUCUUCCAGUCCUGUACUUUCUUUGCCAAAGCAAGUUCUUUCAGAUCCAGUUGGAGUUGACCAUCGUGGGACUUCAUUAGCAUUACCAACCAAAUUAAUGGAUGCCAUGCCUAAUUCAUGUGUCCCGCCCCCAUUGAAGCUCGGGCCCCUCGGUGGUCAGGCGCAGAAGGUGCCCACAUCGUUUGCGUUGCCCGUGCAUCUGCAGAGUAACGUUCCAGGAUACUGUUUUGCCACUGUCACACCUCUGCCACAGAUCCUGGUGACCCAAGAUCUCUCCAACCAGCCAAUUUGCCAGGCUAAUCGUAGCAUGGUGCCAAUCAGCGAAGAACAAAAUUCCAUGCCAAAAUUGCAAAAAAAUCACCAGAAUGCUUUGCCAAACCCAGAGAAGGAACUCGUUUGUGAAAAUGCUUUUUCAGAGAUGGGCCAGAAUUUUUCUCCAUCAGAUUCCCUGUCCAUAACCCAGAAAAUGUCUGUGGGUAGACUUUCCCCCCAGCAAGAAUCUUCAGCUUCAAGUAAAAGGAUGCUUUCCCCAGCAAAUAGUUUAGACAUUGCCAUGGAAAAGCACCAGAAGCGAGCUAAAGAUGAGAAUGGGGCUGUUUGUAUGACAGAGAUUAGACCCUUUGAGCCAUUGAGUCCAAGGCCUAGUGAAGGUAAUAAACAGAAGAAACCCAUUUUAGUGAGGCAGGUUUGUACUACAGAGCCUCUUGAGGGUGUGCUAUUGGAACAGGAUAUUUUUUCUCCACCUGAAAUGAGUAGUGAGGCUAUUAAUUUGACAGAUGUUUUACCAGCUGAUAAGUUGUCAUCUGAACACUCUAAGUCUUUAGCUACAGAACCUAGAAGUGAACUACAAGAAUUUGAAAAGAUCAAGUCCUCCACAUCGCUCACUCUUACAGUGAGAAAUUCACCUGUCCCUGCAGAAAACAUUCACAUUUCCCCUUUGGAACGUGUAGACAAUAGCCAAGAAAGGAAGUCUCCAGGGGUUAAAACUCAAGGUGACAAAGAGAGCAUCACAGAGCGAAGUCAAGGUACGACCAGCACACUUUUAGUGUCUGACUCGGGAGAGACACAGCAGCUGCCUUUCCCCAGCCUGAAGACCUCAACCAGCUUUACAUGGUGUUACCUACUGAGGCAGAAGGCAUUGCAUUUGCCUCAGAAUGACCAGAAAACUUCAGCCUACACUGAUUGGACAGUUAGUGCCAGUAAUCCAAACCCACUUGGUUUGCCUACAAAAGUUGCUCUUUCUCUCCUUAACUCAAAACAGAAGACCGGAAAAUCACUAUAUUGUCAAGCAAUAACUACCCAUUCCAAAUCAGAUUUAUUGGUCUAUUCGAGCAAGUGGAAAAGCAACUUAAGCAAGAGAGCAUUAGGUAAUCAAAAGUCCACAGUAGUUGAAUUCAGCAAUAAAGAUGCCUCUGAAAUUAACAGUGAGCAAGAUAAAGAAAAUUCCUUAAUCAAAAGUGAACCAAGAAGAAUUAAAAUAUUUGAUGGAGGAUAUAAAUCAAAUGAAGAGUAUGUAUAUGUCCGAGGCAGGGGAAGAGGAAAGUACAUAUGUGAAGAAUGUGGAAUACGUUGUAAGAAACCUAGUAUGUUAAAGAAACACAUACGGACCCAUACAGAUGUCCGCCCCUACCACUGCACUUACUGUAACUUCUCCUUUAAGACGAAAGGAAAUCUGACAAAACACAUGAAGUCCAAGACACAUAGCAAGAAAUGUGUGGAUUUAGGCGUCUCAGUAGGUUUAAUAGAUGAACAAGAUACAGAAGAAUCAGAUGAAAAGCAGAGAUUUGGUUUCGAGCGGUCUGGGUAUGACCUUGAAGAAUCGGAUGGCCCGGAUGAGGAUGAUAAUGAAAAUGAAGAUGAUGAUGAAGACAGUCAGGCUGAAUCUGUCUUGUCAGCAGCUCCCUCCGUUACGGCCAGCCCGCAGCACCUUCCAUCUAGAAGUAGCCUCCAGGAUUCUGGGAGUGUGGAGGAGGACAUCAGGGUUGCCGACUGCUUCUCUGGGGUGCACACAGACCCGAUGGAUGUUCUGCCCAGAGCCUUGCCUACCAAGAUGACCGUGCUAAGCACAGUGCAGUCAGACCAUAGCAGGAAGACAGAGUCCCCGGCAAAGACCAGGCAGCGUGGAACAAAAGACGGAGAAGAACCAACGACUCCCGUAGACUCUUCUCAGUCCCCCGAAGCUGCACCCAGAUCCCCUUGUCACCAGAUGUCUGUAGACUACCCGGACUCAGAAGAAAUUCUGGGAAGUUCUGUAGCAGGAAAGACUAUCACUUUAACACAGAGCGCAGCAUCUGUACGGCCCCCUCCUCCUGCGGCCGCGCGCAGCCCUCAGACAGCAGCGGGGGUUCCUUCGGGGGCCUCGCCGCAGCCUGAGGCUCAAGAACAGAAGCAGCAGGUGAGCCUCCAGCCGCCGCCAGGCCUGCCCUCCCCCCAGACCCAUCUGUUCAGCCACCUCCCUCUGCAUUCUCAGCAGCAGUCCAGGACACCCUACAAUAUGGUUCCGGUCGGGGGAAUCCACGUGGUACCUGCCGGCCUCACGUACUCCACGUUUGUACCCAUCCAAGCAGGGCCAAUGCAGCUGACGAUUCCGGCCGUCACCGUCAUUCACAGAACUGUGGGCACCCACGGGGAUUCCGCCACGGCAGUUUCGGGCACCACACGCGCCGCCGGAGUGGCCGAAUUAAGCGGCGUCGUGCCAUGUAUUCCCAUUGGCCAAAUCCGCAUGCCGGGCCUUCCGACCCUCGGUGCCCCAGGCCUGCAGCCACUGCCGUCCCUGAGCAUGGAAACCGUCAAUAUCUUGGGCCUCGCCAACACCAACGUGGCCCCGCAAGUGCACCCCCCGGGGCUCGCCCUGAACGCCGUGGGGCUGCAGGUUCUGACGGCAAACGCUGCCUCGCAGAGCAGCCCCACCCCUCAGGCGCACCUUCCGGGCCUCCAGAUCGUGAACAUCGCGCUGCCCACCUUAAUCCCCUCGGUCGGGCAAGUGGCGCUCGACGCGCCGGGCGCCCCCGAGAUGCCGCCCGCCCACAGCAGAGCGCGGGAGGCGCCGCCCCAGCCCGCCUCGGCGGCCAGCGCCCAUCCCGGCAGCGGCGCCACGUCUCCUCAGGGGUCUCCUCAGGUCCAGCGGGCAAAUGCAAAAAAAGUUCCAGAUCCCUCCGCCCCCUCCAGACCCCCGGCCGGGCCCGAUGGCUCCAGUAAAGUGGACGCAGGGAAGGCCGUCUCAGUGAAUCAUGUGAAGCCCAAGCCUGAACUCGCGCCCGUGCACGGCCGGCCGGCGGCCGCCGCCGAGCCUCCGCUGCCGGCGCGGCCGGAAGCCGCCCCGGAGCCGCCCGGCCCGCAGGCCCCCUGCACGGACAGAGCGGCGCGCAGGCCCGCGGCGCGGCCCCGGAGGCAGGCCAGCGCCCCGUUCAGCGACGUGAGUAGUGACGACGACGAGGACAGGCUCGUGAUAGCGACCUAGGGCCUCGGCGGGGGGCGGGGGGGCUGGUUUCGUUUGGUUUUUUGGUGGUGUUUUUUUUUAUAUAACACUCAAAGGUUUCUUUGAAAACCCUUCUUUCCUUAAAGCACAUUUUUUCUGACAUAAACUCAUGACUAAUCUUUGUGCAAUCAUGAACUUUUGACCAAUAAUUGUUGUUUUGUGUCCGCUCCGGCCAUUUUUGUACAUGUUGUAUAGACACUUGUGCCUUUUAGGAGUUUAUGUUUAGAAGCUGUACAGAUUGUUGAAUAUCUAUAUACAUAAAAUAUAUAUUAUAUAUGUACAUGAAAACCAGGUAGUUAUUUGUGUUUAGAAAAAAAAAACCUGUCAAAUAAAUCAAAUGAUUAAAUUAUAUGUUGCACUGUUAAAUAUAAAUUUUUAUGGCUGUGGGGCAGAGUUUCUGUGUAUAAAUUAGUAUGUAAACUCCAUAUUUAUUGUAUUCAUAUUCGUCUUUGAAAAUGGGUCUGUCCUUCUUGUGUAAGACAGUAACUUUACACUUCAGACAGAUUUCCUGUGUCAUGAAAUGUUUCAGUAAAAUA